AAUGGGAUUCGACCACCUUCUCAAAAUCUUCAUUGGUUUGCUCUCUGCAAUUUUUUUGAUUGGUCUUGUAUACGCCAUCUACUUCGUUCGUAAGAGAAGGUUGAAAGAUGGGUAUUCAGAGAAGAGGAGCUCUGGAAGGAAAGAAGAAUUUGAAGUGGAAACAGAGGAUUUGUUCAGUUUCCCAGGUGUUGAGAAUCUCACAAUCCAUGACAUCUUGGAUGCUCCAGGAGAGGUUGUGGGUAAAUCGAGGUAUGGAACACUGUAUAAAGCUUCUAUAGAAAGGCUCAAUUUGGAUGUGCUGCUUCGGUUUCUUAGGCCAACCUGCACAAGAAGGUUGAAAGAGAUUCUUCCUGCAAUUCAGAUGCUGGGGUUCAUCAGACAUCCCAAUUUGGUGCCUCUUCAGGCUUUCUAUGCGGGGCCAAGAGGAGAGAAGCUUUUUGUCCACCCCUUCAUAGGCCAUGGAAAUCUGGCCCAGUUCAUUCGAGAUGGAAAUGGUGAAUCACACAAAUGGGCUGUCAUUUAUAGGAUCACACUUGGUAUUGUCAAAGGACUUGAUCAUCUACACUCUGGAUUGCCAUUUCCCAUUCUCCAUGGAAAUCUGAAGUCAAAGAACAUUUUGCUUGAUGAGAAUCAUCAACCUUAUGUGUCUGAUUUUGGCCUGCAUCUUCUAUUAAAUUCAUCAACCAGUCAAGAAAUUGUCGACAUUUCUGCAAGUCAGGGGUACAAAGCCCCUGAGCUCAUGAAGAUUAAGGAAGCAAGCAAAGAGAGUGAUAUAUACAGCCUUGGGGUCAUUUUACUUGAAAUACUUACAGGGAAGGAGCCUAUUGGUGCAAAUGCAUCUUCUCGUCCAGAUGUGUAUCUGCCCAACUCCAUGAGAAAAGCUAUCCUUGAACAUAGAAUAUCAAAUAUGUUUCACCCCAGUAUACUUAGUAACAGAGGCAAUGAUCAAAACCCAAUUACUGAGGAACGUCUUCUCAUGUUCUUUCAGUUGGCAAUGACUUGUUGUUCUCCUUCCCCUGCUUUGAGACCAGAUAUCAAGCAAGUCCUCAAAAAGCUCGAAGAAAUUGGGCACUGAGAAACCUUUGGUUUAGUGCACUAUAGUCUGGUUUCUCUCUUGAUGUGUUCAUGAUCCAGAUGGUAGAAAAUGGAUAAAAAUAUAGUUCCAUGAUUUAAUGCUGACUGGAUGGGCAAUUUGCUGAGAGUGAUUGUAAUGGGGAAGGCAUUAUCUGUGGGUGAGGAAACAGGACAGCUCUUGAACAUCAGUUAAAACUCCAGCCAUCCGAAGAGGAUGUUGGAUUGAAUUGGUGAUUGGAUGUGUUGGGUUCAGGGUUUUAUUAUUGCCAAGAGUUCAGUACCACAGGAUUGUAGAUUCAGUCGUGGCCCAGAUUGGAUAUUGUCGAUAGCUUAAUCGACCCAAACAUUACAGUGAGGAAGAACAAAAUAGGGACAGCCAAAAUACCCAAGAAGGUUUGUUUCAAUACUCAAGAAACUUUAACCCUGAAUUGGGAGUGUACACUGGUUAGUUGGGACGAUGAAGUAGAGUUCAAAUGAAUUGUGAAGGUUAAGUAACAGGAAGACAAAGAAGCAAAUGUUCCAAAAAUUUUUUGUACCAUUGAUAUCAGGCAACUCAUAAAAAUCUAAAGAAUCCAUUGAUGAUACUGCUUCAUUUGUUUUUC